AUGCGCGGCAGUGUCGUUGCACUGCUUACACUGGCGACGGUUGCGUACGGCCAUGGAAAUCACGACGCAAAUGCUGAAGUAUCGGCAGAUUGGGCGACGAGACAUAUGCAAGAGGAACAUCACAUCGACUCGUUCGACGCCGGCUCCUUCUUCGCCCUCCACGACUACGACAACUCGGGGGACUGGACGAGCGACGAGAUCAUAAAAACCUACGGCCUCCUAGACUCUUCCAAUGCGCACCUGAGCGAAGACCAAAAAGCCAAGGUCGUACGCGAGGUGCUAGACCUCUUCAGCGCCCCGGACUCCGAAGCAGUCUCCCGCGACGACUGGAUGAGCAAGGUCCAGGCGGGCGUCAGGUUACCUGAUUUCGGACACGGACCGGGCCACCAUGGCGACAUUGAGUAUGAAUAUGAGAUCCACCACUUCGAGCAGUUUCAUGGCGAGGAUGCGACGGCGGAGGAAUUGACACAUCCCGAGGACAUUGAGCAUUUCCGGCUCCACGACGAGAUGGAGUUGGCGGAAGAGAGGCUGCAGCAGUUGGAGAGCAUGCAGAUUGUUGAAUCGAACAUUCCCAGGAAGUUUCUGCGGAAUGUAUGA